GAGGAAGAGUCUUGACCCUAGGAAAGCCCUGUCCUCUCCCAUUUGACCUUGGCUCUCCUGCAGGAGGACCCCUCCCUGGAGAGACAUUUUAAAGGCCACCGCGAUGCUGUCACCUGCGUGGACUUCAGUCUCAACACGAAGCAGCUGGCCAGCAGUUCCAUGGACUCGUGCCUUAUGGUCUGGCACAUGAAGCCCCAGUCCCGAGCCUAUCGCUUCACCGGCCACAAGGACACCGUCACCUGUGUAAACUUCUCCCCCUCCGGACACUUGCUUGCCUCAGGUUCCCGGGACAAGACGGUCCGCAUCUGGGUACCCAACGUCAAGGGCGAGUCCACCGUGUUCCGUGCACACACAGCCACAGUGAGGAGCGUCCACUUCUGCGGUGAUGGCCAGUCCCUGGUGACAGCGUCCGACGACAAGACAGUGAAGGUGUGGUCCACUCAUCGCCAGAGGUUCCUCUUCUCGCUGAGCCAGCACAUCAACUGGGUCCGCUGUGCCAGGUUCUCUCCUGAUGGGCGGCUCAUCGUGUCCGCUAGUGAUGACAAGACGGUCAAGCUGUGGGACAAGACGAGCCGGGAAUGUGUCUACUCGUACUGUGAGCAUGGCGGCUUCGUCACGUACGUGGAUUUCCACCCGAGCGGGACGUGCAUCGCGGCCGCGGGCAUGGACAGCACAGUGAAACUGUGGGACGUCAGGACCCACCGGCUGCUGCAGCAUUACCAACUGCACAGCGCAGCCGUGAACUCCCUCUCUUUCCACCCAUCGGGAAACUACCUGAUCACAGCCUCCAAUGACUCAACCCUGAAGAUCCUGGACCUGAUGGAGGGCCGGCUCCUCUACACGCUCCACGGGCAUCAGGGACCUGCCACCACGGUUGCCUUUUCAAGAACAGGGGAGUAUUUUGCUUCUGGAGGCUCUGAUGAACAGGUAAUGGUUUGGAAGAGUAACUUUGAUGUUGUUGAUUAUGGAGAAAUCAUAAAAGGGCAGAGGCCCCCAGCUGCACUGGCCGACUCGGCAAGGAAUCUGCCAGAAGUGGAUUUGCCAGCCCCGUCAGGCAGAGUCAAGAGUCUAGAGUCGGUACACAAACCCCAGGAGCCCAGCAGCAUGCCCCACACGCUGACCAGCACACUGGAGCACAUUGUGGGCCAGUUGGACGUUCUCACUCAGACAGUGUCCAUCCUGGAGCAGCGGCUGACGCUGACAGAAGACAAGCUGAAGCAGUGUCUACAGAACCAGCAGCUAAUCAUGCAGAAGGAAACACCGUGAUGGGGCAAGGGGGGAGGG